AUGAGCAGGAAAACGCGCCGCUGGAUUUUUCACAUUUUCCUCUGUUUGGGGAUUAUUUAUUUGAAGAUUGGGGGCUUUUCCUCGGUGGUUGCAUUGGGAGCGAGUAUUAUCUGUAACAAAAUUCCUGGUUUGGCCCCUCGUCAAAGGACUAUCUGUCAAAGCCGGCCUGACGCUAUCAUUGUCAUUGGAGAAGGAGCGCAAAUGGGAAUCAAUGAGUGUCAGUUUCAAUUCAAAAAUGGAAGGUGGAACUGCUCGGCCCUCGGGGAAAGAACUGUCUUUGGAAAAGAGUUGAAAGUGGGGAGUAAGGAGGCAGCCUUCACUUACGCCAUCAUCGCUGCCGGGGUCGCCCAUGCCAUCACGGCAGCUUGUACUCAGGGUACACUAAGCGGCUGUGGAUGUGACAAGGAGAAGCAAGGUUUCUACAACCAGGAGGAGGGCUGGAAGUGGGGAGGAUGCUCGGCUGAUAUUCGCUACGGUCUGAGCUUCUCAAAGGUCUUCCUAGAUGCACGGGAGAUCAAGCAGAACGCCAGGACACUCAUGAACCUUCAUAACAAUGAAGUAGGACGCAAGAUCUUGGAAAAGAACAUGCGUUUAGAGUGUAAAUGCCAUGGCGUAUCUGGAUCCUGCACCACCAAGACUUGCUGGACCACUCUCCCCAAGUUUCGGCAGCUGGGUUACAUCCUCAAGGAGAGGUAUAACCACGCCGUUCAUGUGGAACCAGUCCGCGCCAGUCGGAACAAGAGACCGGCCUUUCUGAAAGUUAAAAAACCGUACUCCUACAGGAAGCCCAUGGACACAGAUUUAGUAUACAUUGAGAAGUCACCCAACUAUUGUGAGGCAGAUCCUGUAACGGGUAGCAUGGGAACCCAGGGAAGGAUCUGCAACAAGACUGCGCAGCAUACCAAUGGCUGCGACCUCAUGUGCUGCGGACGAGGAUAUAACACACACCAGUACUCGCGUGUCUGGCAGUGCAACUGCAAGUUUCUUUGGUGUUGCUACGUCAAGUGCAAUACCUGUAGUGAACGGACAGAAGUGUACACAUGCAAGUGA